AUGGCCGAUGUCACCCAACCACAGGGCAACCAUGCCCGCCCGCCGCCUCCCGACCCCUCAACGCCAGCGGAGGAGUACGUUUUCCCAGAAUAUCGCUUGAAACGUGUCAUGGACGACGCAGAGAAGACGCCAUUACUGCUUGUGGCUUGCGGUUCAUUCUCCCCUAUAACGUUCUUACAUUUGCGCAUGUUCGAGAUGGCGGCCGAUUACGUCAAGCUGAGCACCGACUUCGAAAUUGUUGGAGGAUACCUUUCGCCAGUAUCAGACGCCUAUCGUAAGGCAGGUCUUGCAAGUGCUGAGCACAGGGUCUCAAUGUGCCAGAGAGCCGUGGAUGCAUCAGAUUGGCUGAUGGUGGACACAUGGGAGCCGAUGCACAAGGAAUACCAGCCAACUGCUAUUGUAUUGGACCACUUCGACUACGAGAUCAACACUGUACGAAACGGAAUCGACACCGGAAAUGGCUCUCGGAAGCCGGUACAAGUUGUUUUGCUCGCUGGGGCUGAUUUGGUGCAUACCAUGUCAACCCCUGGAGUAUGGAGUGAAAAGGAUCUUGAUCAUAUUCUUGGACAGUAUGGGACCUUCAUCGUUGAACGGAGCGGAACAGAUAUCGACGAGGCGCUCGCAGCAUUGCAGCCAUGGAAAAAGAAUAUCCACGUCAUUCAGCAGCUCAUCCAAAAUGACGUUAGUAGCACGAAAAUCCGCCUGUUCCUCAGGCGUGAUAUGAGCGUGCGCUAUCUGAUUCCCGAUCCCGUCAUCGGUUACAUUUAUGAAAACAGUUUAUAUAUGGAUGACGGCACAACACAACCAGGUGCCGACAAGGGCAAGGCAAAAGAAGAAUCAACGGUAGCGAAUUAA